AUGGACGAGUGGAGCCUCCACGAGGCGCCUCCGAACACCCCGGAGCGUGGCCUCCGCGCGAGCGCAGCCCGCGGCGGCGGCGACGGCCGGCCGCCGCCGCAGCCGCUCAGCAACAAGGCGCCCGUCCCGUCCGCGCAGCUCAGCCUGUACCGCGCGGCCGUCGCGCUCCGCGCCGCCCUCCUGGCGCUCUUCCUCCGGUACCGCGUCACCCACCCGGUGCCCGACGCCUACGGGCUGUGGCUCACGGCCGUCGCCUGCGAGGCCUGGCUCGCGCUCUCGUGGCUGGCCGCGCAGCUGCCCAAGCUCUCCCCGGCCACCCGCGCCACGCACCUCCACAGGCUCGACAAGGACGACUGCUCUGGCGGCGGGAGGCGGAUGGCGGGCGUGGACGUGUUCGUGAGCGCGGCGGACGCGAGCAGGGAGCCGCCCCUGGCCACGGCCAACACGGUGCUGUCCGUGCUCGCGGCCGACUACCCCGCCGGCAGGCUCGCGUGCUACGUGUCAGACGACGGCGCCGACAUGCUGCUCUUCGAGGCGCUCUUCGAGACGGCGCGGCUCGCGCGGAGGUGGGUCCCCUUCUGCCGCCGCCACGGGGUGGAGCCGCGGGCGCCCGAGCCCUACUUCGCGCGGAACGUCGACUACCUCCGGGACAAGGUCGCGCCGUCCUUCGUCAAGGAGCGCCGCGCCAUGAAGAGGGAGUACGAGGAGUUCAAGGUGAGGAUGAACUACCUCGCUGCCAAGACGAGCAAGGUGCCGGAGGAAGGAUGGCUCAUGUCCGACGGCACGCCGUGGCCCGGGAACAACUCGAGAGACCACCCCGCCAUGAUACAGGUCCUCCUGGGGCACUCCGCCGAUGAUCGCGACGCCGAGGGGGUGGAGCUCCCCCGGCUCUUCUACGUGUCGCGGGAGAAGAAGCCGGGCUUCCAGCACCACAAGAAAGCCGGCGCCAUGAACGCAUUGCUCCGGGUGUCCGCCGUGCUGACAAAUGGCGCCUACGUGCUCAACCUGGACUACGACCACUACGUCAACAACAGCGGAGCCCUGAGGGAGGCCAUGUGCUUCCUCAUGGACCCGGAGGCUGGCAACAGGACGUGCUUCGUCCAGUUCCCUCUGCGGCCCGCCGUCUCGGCGGCCGACGACGAGGGAGGUCGGUGGGGGAGCCGCGAGCGCGACUCCGUCUUCUUCGAUAUCGACAUGAAAUGCUUGGACGGCAUUCAAGGCCCGGUCUACGUCGGCUCCGGGUGCUGCUUCAACCGGAAGGCGCUGUACGGGUUCGAGCCGGCGGCGGCUGAGGCCGACGACGCCGACGACCUGGAGACCGGCCGUCGGAGGUGGUGCUGUUUCGGGGGCAGCGAGAGGCGAAAGCUGAGGCUGAGGAGGAACAGGUCCGUCGUGCCCUUGCUGGACUCUGCAGACGACGAUGAGGAAACAGUGGGCGCGAGGAGGCGGAGGCUGCUCUCGUACCACGCCGCGCUGCAGCGCCACUUCGGCCAUUCCACAUUGUUCAUCGCCUCGGCGUUCAAAGAGAAAGGGCCGGCGGCGGCGGCCAUGGCAGUUGCACCCACUCCUCUCCUCAAGGAGGCCAUCCACGUCGUCAGCUGCGCGUACGAGGAGCGGACGAGAUGGGGCAAAGAGGUCGGAUGGAUUUACGGCGCCGGCGCCGGCCUGGCGACGGGAUUCAGGAUGCACGCGCGCGGGUGGGCGUCGGCGUACUGCGUGCCGGCGCGACCCGCGUUCAGGAGCUACGCGGGGGCCAGCCCCUCGGACAUGCUCGCCGGCGCGUCGCGGAGGGCGUCGGCGGCCAUGGGGAUCCUGCUGAGCCGGCACUGCCCCGUCUGGGCCGGCGGCGGCAGCAUGAGGCCCCUGCAGCGGCUGGCCUACGUGAACUGCGUCGCCUACCCGCUCACCUCCAUCCCGCUCACCGUCUACUGCGCGCUCUCGGCCGUCUGCCUCCUCACCGGCAAGUUCAUAUUCCCCGACGACGUGGACGACUACGACGGGUUCCUGCUCGUCCUGCUGCUGUCCUCGGUGAUCGCGUCCGUGGCACUCGAGCUGAAGUGGAGCGGCGUGUCGCUGCGGGCGUGGUGGCGAGCCGAGAAGCUCUGGGUGGUGAUCGGCACAUCGGCGGGCCUCGCCGCUGUCUUCCAGGGCAUCCUCAGGGCGUGCACUGGCAUCGACGUCGGCUUCUCGACGGACACGGCGGCGGCGCCGGCGGUGUCCGGUCAGCCGUCCGAGGACGAUGACGAGGAGGAGAUGAUGCCGGACUCGAUGCGGUCGGUGCUGUGGACGAACCUGCUGGUGCCGCCGAUCAGCGUGCUGCUGGGCAACCUCGCCGGCGUGGUGGUGGCAGUGUCGUACGGGAUGGACCACGGGCACGAGUCCUGGGGCCCGCUAGGCUGGAAGCUGGUGUUCGCCGCGUGGGUGGUGGCGCAUCUGCAGGGGUUCCUCAGGGGGCUCCUCUCGCGGCGGGAACGGGCGCCGACCAUCGCCAUGCUCUGGUCGGUGCUCUUCGUCUCCAUUCUGUCGCUGAUGUGGGUGAACACGCAGACGUACUAUGGGCCGUCGGCACCAUCGGCCACGCACCAGCCCAUCUUUUGA